UCUGGUACUGCUGCGUUAUUUGGUCCCCUGACCAGCUUGGAAAAUCUCGAAGGACUCUCCCUCCCUCUGCUUCGCUUUGAUCAUGUGACCUUAAUAAGAUGGAUGCAUCAGCGUGAAGGGAAGCGACUCUCACCCAAGCUGAGGCAUCUCGCUACUCAGAUCUCAUCUCAAGGUGCUCGGAUACUAUUCGAGCCCGUACUUUCAAGACUCACGAGCCUUACGAUUGGUUUGUUGAACAGCAAAGAUGUCUGGUUCUCCUUGAUCGGGCGCUUGACAACUUUUCGUUCGCUGAUUAUUCAUUCGUCCGUGAAGAAAUUUGCGUCUCCACAUUUCGAGGCUCCAGGUAACCUCCAUGCCCUCGAAAAGCCCAUUGUCAGCUUGCCAAUGGAUCCCGGUGAAGACAAGGUCGUGACUGACGAACAAUUUUCAACUCUGACUUCCGGGAUGCCCUUGUUGAGAUCGCUCGAGUUCAAAUUCCGCCUACGUCUCUCUCUGACUGCAUCAACAUCGGUCGCUGUAAAUUGUCCGUUGCUCGAGGUCUGUAGAUUGUCCACUCCGGUCGAUAUCACCGCCUGGACUCAGACCAAAGCACCCGUCUUCCCGGCGCUCCAAGUACUGCAUUUACCUCAUUGGACGUUCGAAGCACAGUGGUGGAUGGAAGGGGGUAAUCGUCUUGAUCCGUCUAUUGCUACUUAUGGGUCGGAGGAAGCGCAUCAGCUCUCAACACUUUGCCCAAAGUUACAGUACUUGAGGCUGGCCUGUGUGGAUUAUGGUAAGCAUGAGUUGGAGCAGUACAGGAAGGUUCGAAAGCCAAGGAGUCAGGCAAUCAUGAGUAGUCGAGCAACGCUGUCCAUGUUAUCGUCGAUGCAUGGCGCGACACCCUCUCUGUGACAGGUAGUAGAUAGUAGACAGUCUCCUUUCUCUCGCGCACUUUGACAGUUCUUCUUUAACAUUCUCGAU